GUGACGGGGCCAUUGAAUGAAAAAAGGAGCCAAGGCAGAGAGAAAAAGCAGCAGCCCGCGAGGAGGGAGGACCUGGACCCUCCUGCCAGGAUCGCCUUUCCACAAACAAACCAGGACGGCAGCAAAGGCUUCACCCUGCUCUCUAGCCGGCUGAGGACGAGCUGUGGGUGGAAGGAGAGACACGAGGGGCGUGGGAGAGGCUCGGAUCGGGUCCCUGGGCUGGGAGGAACGGGGAGAAAAAAGCUUGCAAACUUCGGGGAAAAGUUUGGAGAAGUUUGCAGAAGUUUGGAAAAGUUUGGAAAAGUUUUCAAACUUCGGAAAGGGCUCAGGCUGAAGAGGGAGAGAUGCGACGCCAAAGGAGAAGCAUCCCAUGGGUCCUCCUGGCCCCCCUCUUGCUGGGUUUGCCCCUCGGGGAAGCCGCCCCCGCUGCGCUGCCGUCCGAGCUGCGCGUCCGCGUCCGCCUGCCCGACGGAGGGGUGACCGAGGAGAGCCUGCAGGCAGACAGCGGCGCCGACUGCGUCACCCUCGAGCUCCGCAAAGGCGACGGCACCCUCGUCACCCUCGCCGCCGACUUCAAGCAGGAGGUGAAGAUCUUCCGAGCCCUGAUCCUGGGGGAACUGGAGCGGGGACAGAGCCAAUUCCAAGCCCUCUGUUUCGUCACCAGGCUUCACCGUAAUGAAAUCAUCCCCAGCGAGUCCAUGGCGAAGCUCAGGCAGAAAAAUCCACAGACAGUGCGCCAGGCGGAAGAAGUACGUGCCCUCGAACAUCUAAGCAUGGAUGUGGCAGUCAACUUCAGCAAAGGAGCCCAGCUCAGCUCCCACAUCUAUAAUGUGUGUUCGGAGGCAAAAGAAGCCAUCUACACCCGGGAAGAGGAUGUAAAGUUCUGGUUGGAGAAAGGAGUGGACGGCUCCAUGUUUGAGGUCUUGCCCCAGUCCACCGACCUGCCCGACCUGCAGCGUUGCCGCCUGUGUGCCGAUCGUUGGAAGCCAUGCAUCUGUAGCUACGGGCUGAGCAUUGAGUGGUACCCCUGCAUGCUCAAGUACUGCAAGAACCGCGAUGCGGCCGGGAAGGUCUCCUCCUACAAGUGCGGCAUCCGGAGUUGCCAGAAGGCCUACAGCUUUGACUACUACGUGCCGCAGAAGCAGCUGUGCCUUUGGGACGAAGAGACCUAGCAGGGAGCCUGAGCGGCCGUUUUGGUCCCGUUGGCGCUUCCCUUCCGCCUUCUUGUACAGGACGCUGGGUUGCGCUUUAUUUACCGAGGUGGCUGCUCUGAAAAAGAAGGAAGGAGCAAAAGACCUGGAGGAGAGGAGAAUGGGCACGACUCCAUUAUGUGAAGUUUUCGUGUGGUCUGCCGGUCUCCGAGUCUAUGCAACUGGUGGCUCUCCCCAGACUUUUGGACACCAGCUUUAUCCGCCUGUGAAUUUUUUUAUCAAAGAACAAAGUGACCUGUUAAUGUGAUGACAGUGUUCCAUCAUGAACUCAGUGGGCACUGCUGAAAUGUCAGGACCAGCCCAAAAUGUCUUUGCCCGCCAGUCGUCUUGACAGUCUGGAUAACCAAAAAAUCUCAAUGUGACCCAAUGCUGCUUCACUUAAUAUAGAAAACUAAGAAAAUUGAAGGAAUCUAUUGGGUGAGAUGGAUAACACAAUGCCUCUGAGUAUAAGGUGUUUCAUUGGAUUCAUCGGUGGAGGAAUAGCAACUUUCGCCUAGAUUUAAGCAGAUGUGCUGGAUGCCAUCCAACCACUAAAGGGAGACAAAGAGUCAGGAUACAAUGGAUCUUCCCCAGCAGAAGUACAUGACUCUUGGGUAUCAUAGCUGGUAUCAAGCUAGAAGAAAGGAUCCUCUAAAAUUAUGUUAUCUUGUCACGUAACUUUUUCAGGAAGAUAAGAGAACAACCAGGAUGAGUGAGGAAUCUCUAUUCUUCUGGUGCAACUGUUCUUCAAUGCCAACACCAUCAGACUCUAUAAAAACAGUGCUUAUUUAUUUGAAUGAAUGCUUGUUGUGACCACUGCAGGAUAUAGCAGUUGUGACCGAACAUAAAGUAUCCCAUAACCCAUACUCCACGGGGGGGGGGGGGGGGGGGAACUGAGUCAGGAGCCCUGCCUCUUGGUUCUAACUGGUCCUCCCCAAAAGGAGAGUGUGCCAAUCACACCCCAGUUUUACUGUCUUGUUUUCUGAGUUUUCUAACAUGUUUUAGGAGGAAAAUGUUGCCACUGAAAAUCACAGAAGCCAAAAUAGUGUUUCUGUGUCUGUGCCUGAAGAUCUGUGCCAGAGUAGCUUACGUUCAGGACCAAGAAAUUAUAAUGUCUAUGCAUUGUGUCCACAUCAGACCCAAAAUGUGAUCAGAUCAAACAGUGGCGAUCCCUGGUAGAUAUACCCACCUUUUGACUUGAGUGAGGUAUGAGAAGAGAGGAGAAGGUUUGAUGGGACCUCGCCUUACUUCAUGAAUUGUGGAGGAUUAAAGUUGAUGAAUUAGAAGGUUAAUUCUUGUGGAUUGCACCAUUAUGUGUAUUAGCAUUUGUAGAUCCUCCAGAGUGAUUCUAUGAUCAGCUCAGAUGUUGACCACAUUGCUCCAGAGGACCUAAAGAGUCCUAAAGAGAACAUGUUCCCAAGCAUUUGUAGAUCCUCAAGAGUGAUUCUAUGGUCAGCUCAGAUGUUGACCACAUUGCUCCAGAGGACCUAAAAAGUCCUAAAGAGAACAUGUUCCCAAGCAUCUGUAGAUCCUCCAGAGUAAUUCUAUGAUCAGCUCAGAUGUUGACCACCGUCCCUCCAGAGGACCUAAAAAGUCCUGAAGAGAACACUUUCCAAGUAUUUGUAGAUCCUCAAGAGUGAUUCUACUAUGAUCAGCUCAGAUGUUGACCACAGUCCCUCCAGAGGACCUAAAAAGUCCUAAAGAGAGCCUUUUCCCAAGUAUUUGUAGACCCUCAAGAGUGAUUCUAUGAUCUGCUCAGAUGUUGACCACAUUGUUCCAGAAGACCUAAAAAAUCCUAAAGAGAACACUUUCCAAGCAUUUGUAGAUCCUCCAGAGUGAUUCUAUGACCAGCUCAGAUUUUGGCCGGAGUUGCUCCAGAGGACUUAAAGAUUCCUAAGGAGAACACUUUCCCAAGCAUUUGUAGACCCUCCAGAUCAUCUAUGGUCAACUUCCUUUGGACAAUCACACUAUGUAACACAUUUUUUUGUUCCUAGAUUAUAAAUGUCAUUUCCUAAUUGGUUCCAUUAUAAAAACAUGGGAAAAGUUUAUUAAACCAAGAACUUUAUUUUUGUGGGACAUGCUGCAGCAAUGCUUUGCUAUAGUUGUUCAAUGAAUAUCUCGUUGAGUCUCAACCAACUGAACAUAGCUUGUGGCAGCCACAAAAAUGAACUUUCUGUAGUAUAACAACUGCUUUCAACGUAAGUACUGCACAAUUAAACAGGAAAUAACAUUUUCAAACCAGGAACAGAAAACUUUUCAAAUGUUGUUACAUAGGGUUAUCUACGGGACUAUAUCCAGUUUCAUUUAUCCAACUAAAUAUGUCCUCUAUAGGCAUUUUGUAGCUCCUCCAGUGCAACUCUAUGGUAUUGUGUUGGAAGUAUAUCCUUUCAAUAGAACUGAAAUAAAAGUAUCCAUGCAAUGGAAAUGUAUUUCCCAUGGAUACAAGGGUUGCACUGUACUUGCAGGGAGUCAGCAAAUGAAUUUUCCUAUCCAUGAAACACCUUUAAAUAUAAAGAAUAUUGGGAACUUACUUCCAAGUAAAUAUGCAUAGGCAGAUUUCAGGCAUUUUUUAAUUAUUUCCAGGAGGACAAUCACUGCCUUAAUAUUUCUGAGCGCUUGUUCAUUUAGUAUAUACUAUCUAUGUGAUAUUGCCCAAAGAGGUUCAAAUACAUGAGAGCCUUUGUGGCACAGUUUUUUUUUUUAGUGCAACAUAAGCACGAGUUCCAAAUAGUACAGCUUCAAAGCCUGGCUGCUUCCUGCCUGGGGGAAUCCUUUGUUGGGAGGUGUUAGCUGGCCCUGAUUGUUUCCUAGACAUUCCACAGAUAUAUAAGCCUCACUUGCCUAGUUUCCAACAGGCCUCACAACCUCUGAGGAUGCCUGCCAUCGAUGUGGGUGAAACGUCAGGAGAGAAUGCUUCUGGAACAUGGCCAUACAGCCCAGAAAACUCACAGCAACGCAAUAUUUCCAAUUUCUUCUUUCAUACAGGAAUGAAACAAGCAACGAUUUCCAUCUCUGCUCUGGGAUCUCCUCCUCGUCCUUCCUCCGACCACAAUGUGCCUUCUGUCUUUCCUCACUUGACGCUGGAUAUUUCAAUCCAUUGCCGCUGAAAACCUUUGGGCCUCGUUUCAAAACAAGGGUUGUAUUUAAUCGCAAGAUUGCUCUUGUAUGUCAUCCUCCAGGGACAAAGAGGCAGAUGGGGAGGAGGCUUGGUUUGCAACUAUUAUUUUCUGUUUUGUGAAGAAAAAAAUACCAAGCCAAGUGAAGUGAAUGAAAUGCAAAACUUGAAUGGAAAUUAUUUUUUAAAUGAAUUAUUUAUCAUAUGUUAAGGUGAAUAAAUUGAGAAAUUUUUUGGAAAAAAGAGAA